AUGGCUCCCAGAUUCAAGGAUGGAGAUGCCGUGGUUACUAUCAAUGCCAAAUGGGUGUCAUGGACCCACACCGCAGUCGCAUAUGCUGCUUUCUUCAGCGCCUUGAUUGUCGGUGUAUCUCUACAUUAUCACAAGAUCGUCCAAAACGAAUACUUCGGCUACCCCGAUGAAUGGUUUCCCUCCGUGUCCGCGACAAUUGGUGAUCGAUACCCCGAGCGUGCUUUCUUCCAGGUCUUCAUUGCAAUGACUUCCGGUCCUCGCUUCCUCCUCGUCUUCCUCUGGUACGUGCUUACCGCGCGUCCCAAUUCGAGUUUGCCGAAGAUCGUGGCAGGUGUGGGUAUCUUCCGAACUCUCACAUGCGGUGGAUGGACCUAUGUCACUUCUACUGAUGACCAUGACUGGCAUGAUAUUUUUAUGAUCUCCUAUCUGGUCGCGACCCUACCAUGGACUCUGGGCUGUCUCGCACUCAGCCCCAACAACCGCCGCGCGGUCAAGUACCGCAAGAUCACGGCUAGUCUCUUCUUCGGAACCUUGAUUCCAUUGAUCUACUACUUCAUUCAACACAAGGUCCACAAGGUGGCUGGUGCCUACACCCGCUACGCUUUCUUUGAGUGGUCCUUGAUCUUGUUCGAUGUUGGAUUUGAUGCUAUUACAGUGCUCGACUUUGAAGGAUUCGAACUGGUGGUCCGGGAUUUGAAGGGCAUUAGCAGAGGGCAGUUGAAGACGACUGCGGACUCUGUCCUUGAAAAAGAGAAGGGCAAGCCUAUGGGUAAUACGUUCGGCGAAGGCUUCUUCUGGACUGAAAUCCUUGAUGCGGCUUCCGACGUUUACAAUGGAUUCGUCUUCUGGACCAUUGUCACCGGUCUUCCCGUUCUGGUGUGGUACUUCCCUCUUUGGCACAUGGGUAUUUCCGGCUACGAGGUCGCCAUUGUGGCCUGCGUUUCUCCUCUACUUUUCGCCAUUCCCUCUUUGAGAUCUCUCGCCACCAAGAACUUGCGUCUUCUUCAUCUUAGCUCCCUUGUGGCUCUCCUGGCCUACAAGUUCGAGGACCCUGCCAACCGCCUUUUCAUCGUCGCGUUUGCGUUAGCUACUUCAUGUGCCGCAUGGGUAGCUAGCUUCUUUUCCGAGCGUGGAAACACCCCUCGUCUUGAGGCUCGCAUAAUGGCCUGGGGUAUUGGUCUAAUCAUGUCCGUUGUUGCUAAGUUCGCUUGCGCCACCAACAACCCUCUCUGGCCCGUCAUGCACAGUGAAAAUGGUGGCUGGAACAAGAUCGGUCUUUUGUUGGCCAUCUUCGCCGUUCUGCGCUCUCAGAGGGGAUCUAUCACUAGUGGAAGUGACUAUCUGCCAUCCAGCGGCAAGAAGGGUUCAUCUCUUCUGGCUGCUAUUGGAUUUGGUGGUCUCAUGUUCGCUAUUGUUUCUCUUCUUACCGACUCCAGCACCAUGAUCUCAUGGGUCUGGGAUGGGUACCCUAUUCGUGGACCCAUCGCGGUGCCCCACGGUGCUGUUACAAUCCUCUUCAUGGGUGCCGGUCUGGUUUAUGGUAUUUUCCGCCCCGCUGUGGCCGGUAGCUGGACAGCGUAUGGCCUUGGCUCUAUAGGUGCCGCUCUUCUGACUUAUUAUCACCACUGGACCGGGUACUAUGGUGCGCUUGCUUUCGCUUUCUACACUAUGGCCGUCGCCCCCGUCAUUAUUACCUCCGCCGUCCGCCACUCUCCUGCCAGCACCUUUGGUCUUGGUUUCAUUCUCUAUGUUUUCCUUCUGCUAUUCCAUGUUUGGGUUGUUGCAUACGCCUUCGUUCCCGGUGGUCCUCUCGUGCGUGAGCACACCGAUUGGGUCAUGAUCACUACCAUGCUUUCCAUCGGUGCUGGUGUCUUCUCCGCUGCCACCUCUAACUCCGGUCGCUCUCGCAACAAGCCUGUCAGCCCCAACAGCAAGAGACAGCGUUCUUACUAUAUUUACGUUCUUGCUGCGCUGCAGCUUCUCUCCGUGUCCGUCGCCUACCUACGUUUCCCCACUAACGACUACCAGCCUCACCACCCUGAGGAGAAGGUUGUGACCGCUGGUAUCUGGACCGUGCACUUCGGUCUGGACAACAACAUGUGGGCAGCCGAGCGCCGUAUGCGUGAUGUCCUUGGUGAACUUGAGCUCGACGUCAUUGGUUUCCUGGAAUCGGACAACCAGCGCAUCAUCAUGGGUAACAAGGAUGUCACUCAGUACAUUGCCGAGGACCUUGGCUAUUACACCGAUUUCGGCCCGGGCCCUAACAAGCACACUUGGGGCUCUGCUCUUCUCUCUAAGUUCCCCAUUGUCAACUCGACUCACCACCUCCUCCCCUCACCUGUUGGUGAACUCGCUCCCGCCAUCCAUGCCACUCUCGACAUGUAUGGCGAGAUGGUUGACAUCGUCGUCUUCCACUCCGGCCAGGAAGAAGAUCCCGAAGAUCGCCGCCUUCAAUCCCAGUAUCUCGCGAACCUUAUGGGUUCAUCUCCCCGUCCUCUGAUCCUGUUGAGUUACCUGGUCACCAAGCCACUUGAGGGUAACUACAACACCUACGUCAGUGAAACGAGUGGAAUGAAUGAUAUCGAUCCCACCGACUGGGACAGAUGGUGCGAGUACGUUCUGUUCAAGAAUAUCCACCGUACCGGAUACGCCAGAAUUAGUCGUGACACCAUUACCGAUACUGAGAUCCAGGUCGGUAAAUUCGUCGUCGGUGAGCCCGAGCCAGAAAACGAGAUGCGUAUUCCCGAGGAAAUGGUGCCAGUUGGUCGCCGUUUCCCAGCCUUGUUCCGCGGAGAGGGUGUCCGUGGUCACCGCUAUCACGUCUUCGAUGAGCCCCGGUACUGGCAGUAA